UAGAAGACGAGACCAUGGGAGCAGCAUUGGCAAGAGCAGCUCAGUGGACUGCUGCUGGUUCUGGAACUGGCACACUUGAAAUCACCCCUUUGAACGAAUCUCUUUUAAAUCAGAUUAUUAAGUUUGUGGAGGACUUUAGCGCUAGACAUCCUCAGGAAGCAGCAGUUGUCUUCAGAGAGCCCCUCGAGUGGAAAACACAACUGGACUGUUCGGUGUUUGGAGAGGGGUAUGAGAUCAAUGAAGCAACUGUUCAGUCUGAAGCCAAAGGUAAAGAUGGCCAGCCAUUGCUGCUCCUCACGGCAUCAACUCUGAGAGUUCGCAGUUUUGACCAGCUGUCCUGUUUGCUACAAAUUGCUAUGGAAAAAAAGUUAAAGGAAGCACAGGCAUGCCUUGAAGCCAACAGAGAUCCUAUAGUGAAAAUUCUUGGCCCUGAAUAUGGAACUAUUGAAGGAGAAGAUACGUCCGUGUUGCAUUUACUUGAAAAAGUGAAAAAAGAUGAUGACCCUGAAACAGAGAUGAAAAUGAAAAUCCUUGUUCUUCUUCAUCAGUUUGAUAUGCAACUGCUUAACAGUGCUUUGAAACAGAUUUCACAACAAGUAAGACUAAAUCCAGCUGCUGUAAAUGAUGAAGUGAAUCUUCUCAAGAAUUUCUCUGGAGAAGGAGAAGAUACAGUACUGGAAUCACUGGAAUAUACAUCAGAUUACAUAUUCUCUAAUGGAUGCCGAGCGCCUCCCUGGAGACAAGUACAUGGAGAAAUUUGUUAUUUAGUCAUCAAACCACAUGACACUGAUCCUUUGUCCAUCACUUGCAGCACAGCAGGAGUGUUUUUAAAUGGAGGUCAGCUAGAGGGUAAAAAUGACAUUGACUAUGAAAGACAAAGUGAUGUAUAUAAAGAUAUUGUCACAUUUCUAAGGGAGAGAUCACCUAAAUUUGUAGAAAAUAUGGCUAAACAGGAAUAUAAUUUUUUUAAAGAGCCAACAUACGAGAAGAGUUACCAGCAUGCGGAGGGAGCUGAUGCUGACGAGUCUGGCCAAUCCAAGAGCCUUCAUGAUUUUAAAGAAAAUAAUGAAAGUGAGAAAGUGAAAAGUUCUGCAGAAAGGAAAACCACUGAAAAGAAGAAGAAAUUAGAACCAUCUACGAAGUGGAAGAAUGUUGGGCUUUCAGCUUCCCACAGAUAAGCAGUUAUCUUUAUAAUUGAAAUUUCCUUCAAGGCCGCAAGAAAAAUUACUGAAAAAGAAGGGAGAAUUAGUACUGCGUCUCGUAAAACCAAAACUAAAGCCAUUUCUUCUGAACCUGUUGGAAUACGACCAUCUUCAAAAUGUACAACACCAGGCAGGUUUGAAGAUGUUGUUGAAAGUUCCUCAGAGACUGAGGAAGAUGAAGAACAGCCUGUAUAUCAUCAGGAAGGAAGCUCCGAUUUGCCAUCAGAAUACUGGGGAAUUCAGAAACUUGCAAAGUAUUUAAAGGGAGGUAAUCCAACAGCUACUGUCAUCUCACUGUGUUGUUUGAGAGAUUUCAAUCUGGCUGAAGAAACUUGUCAGCUGGCCAUCAGGGAACUUGGAUGUCUUGAAGUGUUAAUUAAUCUACUUGAUACAGAAGAAAUUAGAUGCCAGAUUGGUUCAUUAAAAAUCCUGAAGGAAAUUAGUCGAAAUAUACUGAUCAGACAUGCAAUUGCAGAUCUUGGGGGUUUAGAGAUCAUGGUGGAAAUACUGGACUCUCCAGAUGAAGAAGUAAAAUGUUUGGCAGCUGAAACAAUUGCUUAUGUUGCUAGAUUUAAAGAAGCCCGAAAGACAGUAAGGCAGCGUGCAGGAAUCAAGAAACUGGUUGGGCUGUUGAAAGGUACUUCAGUGGCAUCAACCAAUCUAACACUAUGCCAAGCAAGAAAUACUGAAAUGGCACGCUGUGGUGCUUUGGCACUCUGGAGCUGCAGCAAAAGCACCAAAAAUAAAAAAGCAAUCCAUGAAGCUGGUGGCAUUCCAUUACUAGCUAGAUGGCUCAGAUGUUCAGUUGCAGACAUCUUAAUCCCUGUAGCAGGGACACUGCAAGAAUGUGCCUCAGAGCAAAGUUACAAACUUGCAAUAAGGACAGAAGGAAUGGUUGAAUACUUUGUGAAAAAUCUGAGUAGUGAACAUGAGGAGCUACAGCUGCAUUGUGCAAGUGCCAUAUUUAAGUGUGCAGAAGAUAAAGAAACACGUGACCUGGUUAGACAACAUGGAGGUCUACAGCUACUAUCUGCUCUGCUUGAUAACUCUGAAAACAAACAACUUUUAGCAGCUGUGACAGGAGCAAUCUGGAAAUGUGCAAUCAGCGGAGAAAAUGUGUCAAAAUUUCACGAAUGUAAAACUGUAGAAGCUUUGAUAGAACUGCUUACUGAUCAGCCUGAAGAAGUCCUUGUAAAUAUUGUCGGAGCACUGGCAGAAUGUUGCCAAGAGCCAAAAAAUCGAUCUAUUAUCCGUAGAUGUGGUGGAAUACCACCUCUAGUGAAGUUACUUACUGGAACUAAUCAGUCACUACUUGUGAAUGCCUCCAGAACAGUGGGAGCUUGUGCAACAGAGCCUGAAAAUAUGACAAUAAUUGACCGUCUUGAUGGAGUUCGUUUGUUAUGGUCAUUGUUGAAACAUUCUGAUCCAGAAGUUCAAGCAAGUGCAGCUUGGGCUAUUUGUCCUUGCAUUGAAAAUGCUAAGGAUGCUAGGGAAAUGGUUCGAUCCUUUGUUGGUGGCUUGGAACUGGUAGUCAGUUUGCUAAAAUCAAAGAAUAAAGAAGUUUUAACAAGUAUAUGUGCAGCCAUUACAAAUAUAGCUAAAGAUGAAGAAAAUUUAGCUGUUUUAACAGACCAUGGAGUCAUCCCUCUGUUGUCCAAGCUAGCAAACACAAGAAACAACAAAUUAAGACGUCACUUGGCCGAGGCCAUUUCCCACUGCUCUGUGUGGGGGAACAACAGAGCUGUGUUUGGAGAGGCCAAGGCUGUAGCCCCGCUAGUUCGUUACUUGAAGUCAGAUGAUCCAUCAGUUCAUAGAGCUACAGCUCAGGCUUUGUACCAGCUUUCAGAGGAUCCCAACAACUGUAUCACCAUGCAUGAAAACGGAGUGGUGAAGCUCCUACUGACAAUGGUAAGCUCUACAGAUGAAGUUCUGCAGGAGUCAGCAGCUGGUUGCAUAGCAAACAUUCGCAGAUUGGCUCUAGCAACAGAAAAAGCCAAGUAUGGCUGAUGCUUCAGCAGCUUUUACCAACACACUUGUUCUGCAAUACAGCUACAUUUAAAUACACGAUGACUCCUUCUAACAUUCAUAUUUCAAAGCAGAACUUAUGUGUAUGAGGAUAAUGUAACGACGCAAAUAAAU